CAUGCAGUUCGAUUAUAUCUCUUAAUUGUUUAAAUCAGAAGAGAAAAAAAAUACAACGGUUUGAGGUUAUUAAAUAGAAAAAUGAACAGUAAAAAGAAACCAAAAUCUCUAUAUAUUCAAAAGUUUCGAGAUGAUUGGCUAACGGACCCAUUACUUAAAGAUUGGUUGACAUCAGUUGUUAACGAAGCUGGCGAAAAAUUAUCGAAAUGUUUGAUGUGUGGGACAACUUUAAAAAACCACUACAGUACUUUAAAAGAUCAUGCUUCUGCCUCUAAGCAUGUACGAUUAAUUAAGGAAAUUACAAGCGCUAAUCAGCCAAAAUUACCAUUUAAACCAGCAAACGUUUCAAAUAUUCAACAAGAAGAAGCUGGCUUUGCUUUAUAUAUUGCUGUACACUCAAGUAUCAAUGUAGUUGAUCAUUUAAGUGAAGUUAUUAAUCAUACUCACAAAGAUCAAGACAAGAUUAAACUACAUCGCACAAAAUGUGGAAGUAUCAUAAAAAAUAUAAUUGCACUACAUUUUUUUGAUUGUUUAAAAAAUGAUUUAAAUAAUCAGCAUUACAGUUUGUUACUUGACGAGUCUACGGAUGUAUCUGUGUCGAAAUACCUUGGAAUAAUUAUAAUUUAUUAUAGUAAUGCUCAUAAGAAAGUUAUAUCUACAUACUUAGACCUUGUUGAGCUAAGAGAUUGUGAUGCCCCAGGGAUAGGUACUGAUAAUGCUUCCGUGAUGGUUGGAGUAAACAAUGGUGUUUCUGCUAUUUUGAGAAGAGAAGUACCUCAUCUUGUUCUCGUGAGAUGUCUUUAUCACUCAUUACAAAUAGCUGUGUCUAAUGCUGCUAAAAACUUUUUACCGAGAAAUUUGGAAUUUAUUAUUGAAGAAACCUAUAACUGGUUCAGUAAUUCUUCACAACGUCAAACUGAAUAUAAAGAUCUCUAUGCAGCAAUCAACGAUGACCAAAAUCCGUUAAAAAUGGUGCGGUCGUGUCAAACGCGGUGGCUCUCAAUCGAAUCUGCUGUUUCUCGGAUAUUUUCUCAAUGGUUAGAAUUGAAAACACACUUUUCUAUUGCUCGAACUAGAGAUAAAAGUUACAAAGCAGAGCUGUUGUAUAAAAAUUAUGAAGAUGAUAUGAAUUACGCUUACAUUGCAUUUUUAUGUCCUAUUUUAGUAGAGGUCAAUAGAGUCAACAAAAUGUUCGAAACUAAAGAUGCAUACCAUACAAAAUUGUGUGAUGAGUUAAAUGGUUUAAUUGAUAUGUUGGUUAGUAAAAUAACUUUACCAACGCAGAGAGUGAAUAUUUUUACUCAAAAAAUUCAAGACUUUGUUGAUAGAACAUGUUACCUAGGCUAUAAAUUUGAAUCGUUCAUGUCAGGUAUGGUCGCAAAAGGAUUUGACAAAAAUCAGGAAAUAAUUAUACGUGAAAGGUGUAUUCAAUUUGUUGUGGAUCUGAUCAAUCAGAUAAAAGAACGAUUACCUGAAAAUUUGAGUAUAAUGCAAAAAAUCAACAGGAUUAGUGUUGAUCAUGCUUUAAGUCAUAAUAAAGAAUCUAUUGUUGAUUUGUUACGCCAUUUUGGCAAAGAUGAUAAUUAUAUAGCCAAAGCAGAUGACCAGUGGCGUCGUAUUCAUCUUUUGAAGUGGUCAGAAACAAAAAAUACUAAUAAAUUUUGGUAUGAAGUUCUUAAAUUUAAAGAUUCACUCGAUAAUUCUCGCUUUAACGAAUUAGCCAGUUUUGCUAUUUGUUUACUAACGCUUCCUCACUCGAAUGCCGAUGUGGAAAGAUUAUUUAGUACUAUGAAUUUAACAAAAACAAAACAACGUAAUCGUAUGAAGCCAGACAUGUUAAAAUCAAUUUUAACAAUUCGUGGAGGAUUAACAAGGGAAUCAAAAUGCUGCAAUAAUUAUGAAUUUCCUGCUGAUGUGAUAAAAAAAAUUAGAACCAACGAAGUUUAUGUAAAGUCCACAGAUCUCGAACAGUCUAGUGAUGUUUCAUUUAACGAGGAUGAAUAGCUUUAUUAUUAAUAUUCUAAGCAGAAUGUUUAUUUGUUAUUUAAUG